GGUCACUCUGCUGGCAGUCAAUCGUGCAAAUCAAAACAAACGAAACUUCGAACGAAACGAAUUAAUGAAAUGAAAUGAUUUACCGAUUAUAAAAUGUGCAGUUAUUUCGUUAAAAGACUAUGAAAUUGGCUAGAAAAACAGUUUUUAAGUUUUAUUCUAACAAGCUGCUAAGAUAGCAACCAAAGGCAAAGUGAUGCAAAAGCCAAACUCACCGAACUACUUCCUGAAAUAUCCUGAAUCUUCACCGCAGGAAGGUGACUGUGUUCCGUUCGAUCUGCACAAAAUAUGUCGCCUGUGCCUGCAGGGGCUACAGGACGGUUCCUGUGUCGACCUGUUUGCAAUAAACCAUCUCUCAGUCAGCCCACUGGCCAUGAUUACCCGCUGUGCUUCGAUACAGAUUUACGAAAAGGAUGGCUUUCCGACGACGAUAUGCAACGAUUGCUAUUGCAAGCUGGAGAUGGCGUACGAAUUCCGCAAUCGGUGUGAAGCGUCCGACCAGAAGCUACGCGAAAUGUUAAACAUUCCGACUGGCAAUGACAAAAGUGCGCAACUUCUUUCAAUGGACGAAACAACGGCCAGCAACAAGGAAGAUGCCAUCUAUCACGCUAUGAAGGAAAUAUUCGGACCGGAUGUUGAUCCCGCCUCGAUAAUAAUCCCACCGACGGCGGAAAGCCUGCUGGACGGUGGUUCGAUCGAGCAACAGCUCGAAAACACACCCGCAGCACCGUUGAAGGUGAAGAUGAAACGACAAAUCAAGCGCAAAUCCCAGCUGGACGAGCUGCUCGUCAAGCACAAGGAGAAGCUUUGGCUCGAGAGUACGAAGGUGAAAAUCAUUCGCCAGAAAAGGGCCGCCCGGAAGCAACCAAUGCUGGGCCGGAAGCAAGCGACUGCAAAUAAAAAUCAAGAGCAGCAGCAGCAGCAGCAGGAAACGCAACCCGGCGACGCAGAGAAUCCCUUCCAGUGUACCGUUUGCCAGCGACGGUUCAACCGUGCCGGCAAUCUCCGGCUGCACAUGCGAAUACACAGCAACGAGCGACAGUUUCAGUGCGAAAUCUGCAGCAAACUGUUUCGCACCUCGAGCAAUCUGCACGCGCACCGGAAAACGCACACGGACGAGCGCAACUUCCCUUGCACCGUGUGUGAGCGAGCGUUCCGGACGGCCCGGGAGCUGGUGAGCCACGGCAAAACGCACAGCGACGUCAAAGGGUACGUGUGUCGCGUGUGCAGCAAAGGGUUCGUGAAACAAUCGUACCUGAACACGCACAUGAACACGGUGCACGUCGGGCUGAAGCGCUACCGGUGCCAGGAGUGUGGCAAACAGUUUUCCAACAGCUCCAACCUGAUCGCGCACCGGCGGGUACACACCGGCGAGAAGCCGUACCAGUGCGGCGAGUGCGACGGGAAGUUUAACCAAUCGUCCGCCCUGACGCGCCACAUACGGCAGCAGCAUCGGCCGAAGGAGCCAAGCCCCGAACCGCCGGCGCCGGAGCAACCGGUCGGCCGCGAAAGUGAGGAACCGGAGGAGCUUUCGAUCGAGGUGGAUGAAAACCGGUCUCUGGAUAGUGCGGCCAGCUCGGAGCUUUCCGUGGCGACGUCGCUCAUGGACAGCCAGUCGUUCUCGUACGGUGGUAUGCCGUACGCGCAAACGUUCGUUCCGCAGCCAGCACCACCACCACCACAGCCUACUGCGGCGGCGCAACAUUUCAGCCACGUGUCGCAUCAACAUCACCAUCUGCACGCUACGCAUAGCUAUGCGCAUCCAUCGCACCAUCGGCACAACCAUCACCAGCAGCAGCCGCCGAUCAUGCACCAGCCGAUGGCGGUUAGCAGCCAGCCCGCGACGAACCUCUACCCGACCGACUAUCUGCCAACGUACCAUCAUUCGGCCGCGCUGCCGAGUACGCACCAGCCGCACUACGACCUCGGUGGGUACGACAUGUGCUACAGUAUGCCGGCCUCGACCGUGCUGAAUCCGAGCGUGAUGAAUCCGCAACCGACGUACAUCUUUGACCAGUGAAGGGAGGGCAUCCUUCCGUGCAAUAAACUUUAUUAGUUUUAUGAAUAA